CGACCGGGAGCCUUGAAUCUGCAGCUUCAGGAGGAGGAGCCCCGCCCCCCGGAGCCCCUCCUCCCAGAGCCCCGCCCCUCCAGGACGCACUCCUGCUUCCAGUGCAACGCCAUCUUCAGAACCAAAGCCGAGCUGCUGUCGCACCAGCGCAGCCACCGGGCGCGGCCCGUCUACCAGUGCGGCCAGUGCGACAAGGAGUUCCACCACCUGUCCAGCCUGACCAAUCACAAGCAGACCCACCUGGACAAAGGAGGGUUCACCUGCAGCAGGUGUGACAAGGUGUUCGAGUCGGCCAAGGAGAGAGACGCCCACCGGCUGCAGCACCGGCUGCCGGACCUCACCUGCACCGUGUGCGACCAGACGUUCAGCUCUCAGACGCAGCUGCUGCGACACCUGCAGACUCACUCCGUGGAGGGGGCGGAGCCAUGCUACAACUGCCGCUUCUGUGACCAGACCUUCUCAGGAGUGACCCAGCUCCGCAUCCACCAGCGCACGCACACGUUCCGCUCAUACCAGUGCGACCAGUGCAGCAAGACGUACGGCUCCCUGACCGGCCUCCACUCGCACCGGGCCAGCCACACCGCCGAGAGCCGCUUCCUGUGCCCGCAGUGCGGCAAGCGCUUCAAGACCCGCGACGGGCUGGAGGGCCACCUGCGCACGCACACCGGGGAGCGGCCCUACCGCUGUCCCUACUGCCCCAAAGACUUUACCGCGCUCGCCGGCCUCAACGUGCACGUGCGGCGGCACACCGGAGAGCGCCCGUACGUGUGCACGGUGUGCGGCAAGGGCUGGCCGUCCGGAGGAGACCUGCAGAAACACAUGAGGACUCACACGGGGGAGCGGCCGUACGUCUGCCAGGACUGCGGCAAAGCCUUCUCCAUCUCCUGUCACCUGACUGAGCACCGGAGGAUACACACAGGAGAGAAACCCUUCUCGUGUCCAGAAUGCGGUAAAUGUCUGCGGAGGAAGUUCGACCUGAAGAAGCACAUGUUGUCCCACAGCAGCGUCCGUCCGUACGCCUGCGUUUACUGUCCCAAGAGCUACACCCGCAAAACUCACCUGAACAGACACCUGCUGACGCACCGCGCCGCCGACCACGAGCCGGCGGCGGCCGAGGAGACGGCCGAUGACGCCUGAUGUCCUUUAAACUCCUUCUCAUCCCGGUGCAUGUUCUGAUCCUGCUGAUCAAUUUCAUCCAUCAGGUGGAAAUAAUGAUCGUCGUCUUUGGAUUGUGGUGUUGAGCGGCGAGUGGCUGAUAUGAUGUUUAUGUUUAUAUCGGUUUAACUGUUAGUCGGUAAUCAGCAGAUCUUUUAAAUAAUUCUUCAUUUUAAUAAAACAUUUCCAAAUCCUUCUUUCUUUAGUCCUCUGUAACAGUAUUUUGUACAACAUUUCUCACUAUUUACUGAAUCGAUUAAUAAUUAGUCCAGCGUAUAUUUUAAUAAAUCAUUAAUUUUAUAUUAUAAUCCGUAUUUUCUAUCAUUUGAUCAUAAAGUAAUCAAUGAGGAAAAGAAUCUGCUCACAGCUGCUUCCCCACAGUAAAAGUUUAAAGUCUAACUUAACCCCCAAACUCUGCUGCUGACGGUGCUAACAGCGCUAACACAGUGAGCAGUCACUAGAAGCACAUUCACGCUGUGUGUAAAAGUUUACCUGUGUCAUAAAUUCAGCUGCAGGAGCUGGGUUUCAUUUCACAGCAGAAUAUGUAGAAUUCAAACACUUUCUGGGGGUUUGGUUGUGGAUCGGCGUCCACAUUUGUUUGUUUUUCAGACUCUUGUGUAAAAUGUUAAAAAUAAACUGUUAUUUUCAUGUUUUUGUGGGUGAAGUUCUGCACUGCUCGGUGUCAGACGCUGUCCAAUGGGAGUGCUGCUCAAUGUUUGUGUUGCCAUGGAGAUUUUGUAACUGUGCUUUGUGUAUAUAAAAGCUGUUGUGUUCAACA